UCAGGGUCAGUGAGUGGUGAGAGAGGACCAGAGAGAUCUGGGCUGCCCAAAAGGUCACCACCUCAAGAGACUGGCAGGACAGGAUACCUCACCUCUCCUGUGCAAGGUAGGAACCACCCUGGAAGAAGGAACCAAACAGCAUCAUUGGCGCACUAGCAAACUGAUAUUUGGGGCAUUGCUCAAAUGUGUGGACAUGGAGGACGAGCUAUGAGGACAUGUCCCAUUAAAACAACUCCUAAGACAGCAGCCUUGAGUAGAGCACAUCACCAGAAUGAACUGGAAGUAUCUGGGUUUGCAGUGAGAAAGCAGCAGAAAGGAGCAGAAAGAAAUGAGGUGAGGACGGGACUGCGAGCAAGUCUGGGGUCGCAAACAAGGAGACUGUGGAGACAGCAGCUACAGUGAAGUUCAAUCAAGAAGACUUCUCACUCUUCACCAGGAGAGUAGGAGAGGUGCCUUCCAGGCAAGACUGUCCAUCAAAGGCUGCAGUGGUAAAAAGGAUGCAAAAUACAGGAGUUACAGGGUCAUGGAGGCUUGUACCAAGGUUCUGGAAACAUGCUGAGCCAGAUAAUGUGUAGCAAGGUUGAAUUCCCUGCAAGAAGGACCUGACAGAGAGAGUAUGAAGCUAAGAAGAUGAAGCCUUAUUUGCUGGUACCAUGGAAUGUCUGUGGAGAAAACCUGCAUGGAUGGGGGGUAAUGAACUCAAAAGAGAUGCUAUAUGUGCUGCAGGUGACAGACCUGGACCAGAGGAGGGAAACACACCCAACACUGUUUCUGCCAGACUUAAAGAGAACUACACAUAGAAAUAGGAUGGCAGGAGGAAGAAGGGAGCAUGUGACUGCCAGCCUGCGGAAGACCUUUGGAAUGGCAGACACAAGUCCCUUUUGCAGAACCGACCAGCACAGGAUAGAUUUGAGAAAUAGCAUGUGAGUCUCUGUGAAGGAGCUCUUAACAACGCCUGCCAUCUUUGAAGGGCUCGGUCAGUAGAGCUACCUGCCUCUAUGCACUAGUGAAGCUGGCUAACGACCAACAGACCCAGCCAUCAGAAACACAUCAGGGCUCCAAGAUCUACAAAUGGACUCAUCCUUGGCAAUCCCAGAAUUCUGGAAUCUUCCUAAAUAAAAUGUGUUGGCUCAGAGAGGGGUUUUAAAAAAAUCCCAGAAGCAGCAUUGGGAGAAGCCUUUUCUGUGGGUGGCCAGAAACAUCUGGUCCUGAAGACACAGCUCAGUCUUCACCUGGACUUAUGACCCGAGGCCCUGCUUCCCUCCUGCCCACUGAGUUCCACAAGAUGGGCUCCUUCCGCCGUCCUAGACCACGAUUUAUGAGCUCCCCCGUGCUCAGUGAGCUGCCCCGCUUCCAGGCUGCUCGGCAGGCUCUGCAGCUGAGUUCCAACUCUGCCUGGAACAGUGUGCAAACAGCUGUGAUCAACGUUUUCAAAGGGGGCGGCUUGCAGAGCAAUGAGCUGUAUGCUCUGAACGAGAACAUCAGGCGGCUGCUGAAGAGUGAACUUGGAUCCUUCAUUACAGACUAUUUCCAGAACCAGCUUCUUGCAAAAGGACUGUCCUUCGUGGAGGAGAAGAUCAAGGAGUGUGAAGGUGAUAGUCGAAUUGAGGUUCUGGCUGAAGUCUGGGACCACUUCUUCACCGAGACUCUCCCCACCCUACAGGCAAUAUUUUAUCCGGUUCAGGGACAGGAGCUGACCAUCCGCCAGAUCUCCCUGCUGGGCUUCCGGGACCUGGUCCUGCUGAAGGUGAAGCUGGGUGACUUGCUACUAUUGGCACAGUCCAAGUUGCCCUCGUCCGUUAUACAAAUGCUGCUCAUUCUGCAGAGUGUUCACGAGCCCACAGGCCCAAGUGAGGGCUAUUUGCAGCUGGAGGAGCUGGUGAAGCAGGUGGUGUCUCCCUUCCUUGGCAUCAGUGGGGACCGCAGCUGCACAGGCCCCACGUACUCACUGGCCAGGAGGCAUUCCAGGAUCCGGCCCAAGGUGACUGUCCUCAACUAUGCCUCUCUGAUGACCUCAGUUGGACGGCCACUGAAUGAGAUGGUCCUGACUCCGCUAACAGAGCAGGAAGGAGAGGCGUACCUGGAGAAGUGUGGGAGUGUUCGGCGACACACAGUGGCCAAUGCCCAUUCGGACAUCCAGCUGCUGGCCAUGGCCACCAUGAUGCACUCGGGGUUAGGGGAGGAGGCUGACAGUGAGGACAAGCACCUGCUCCUGCCACCCAGCUUCCCACCGCCACACCGCCAGUGCUCCAGUGAGCCCAGCAUCCCCGAUAGCCCUGAUGAACUGGAACUAGAAGAUGGAGCAAGUGGCAGCCAGGAAGACUCCGAGAUGAACUGUGCUUCCCUCAGCUGAGCUGACAUCUCCAGGAUUUCUCCCUACUUUGUAGCCAGGAUGUAUCUAUGUGGAUGUAUCUCCUCCAUGGAUCACCAAGGGGCUCUUGCUUUGAGUGGCACUGCCUUAUUUCUUAGGGUACAAGCCAAGUCUCCAAUGCCUCUGGGAAACAGGUGUAAACCUCCCCACCGUGGUGUCUGUGACUAGCUCCUCAUGCUACUGUUCUCCUGACUUCCAGCCUCACCUGCUUCACCUGGAUCCUCUUCUCUGGGCCCUUCCCAUCCUAUUGGACUGGCUGAUGCUGCUAGUAUAUAAUGCUCUGGCAUUACUGUCGCAGAAGCUUGGACCACACAUGAUUAUCUAGAAAGUGCCAGCCCUUGCUGUUCCCCUAGUGAUCCAUGAGGCAGAAGCCAAGGGGUAGAAGGAGUAGUAGAGGGUCUGUAUUACAUGGAAGUCAACUGUAGCCCAUGCCACACGUGGUCCUAGGAAUGUGGCCUUAUCACUUACUUUAACUGCAGUUCCUUGAAAGCAUUAUCCUACUCGUGGGUGAGGGUCCAUCCUUACAUAUAUGUCCAGAUGUCUUGUGCUGUCUACACAAAGGGCUUUAGCCUAGCAGAAUUUCUGUCUUGGACUCAGCCUCUAGGAAUGAACCUUCUCAGUCACUGGUGCCUUACUCCUGUAGUUUCAGGAACUGACCACUUUCCUGUUGUGUAUAAGACAGCAACUGACCUAGUCUGUACCUGGAUUUCACUUGAAUUUGUAAAACAUGUAUUGUUUAAAAAAAAAAUGGCCAUGAAUAUUUGCACAUAGGACCUUGCACUGCUCAUUUCCAGUGGAGUGUUUGCAGACUAAACACAGUGGGCCCCUUCAAAAAUGAUGAAAUAGCUCAGAACAAAAGGCUCAGUAGUGGACAGGACUCACAUACCUCAGAGCUCUGGGGGAGCCAGACCUGUGUCUGGAAUGACCUGUGUUCUAAGUGUCUUGGCUUCCAGGGAGGCUGUGCUGGAGCAAGAAGACUGCCUGUUGAGCAGAGAAGUAGAGUGACUGGAAUGUGUCUGGGCUUUUACUUGGACAGAAAGACAUGGGCAUGUGGGCAUGUUUUAUUUGGAGGGACAUUUAUUCUCUGAGAUUACGGAAGUACGCAGAAAUGUCUGGGAUUCCUGUCAUGUCUGUCUCAUGAUGCUAUUUAGGCAGCUUGCUUAGUUACUGUGCUAGGUCCUUAUUAAUGUUCUCUUCAGGUUGGGGAAGGGGAACGUUUUUUGUCUAUGUUGAAUCUCUGACUUCCUCUUUUUUUUGUUUUGUUUUUCAAGGCAGGGUUUCUCU